GAAAGUACGUGUUUUCUGAGCUGGUUAAGUAUUCAGAGUUCACAGAAGAUAAAAAAAAAGGUAAACACGGUAGCAGAUCCUGACCUGUGGACUCCACUGGCCAGUCAGAGGAGGGAAUUUGGCUGAGGCGACACUUAAAUCUUUUUCAUCUCUAUUUUUGCUCAUCCUGCCGUGAAAACAUGUCGCCCGUCUCUAUACCUCCGCCUCAGUGCCUGAAGAAGCGCAUGGUUGUCCCUCAGCGUUACAUGUUUGGACCAGGACCUUCCAAUGUUCCUCCACGCAUCUUGGAGGCUGGAGCCAACCCCGUCAUCGGACACAUGCACCCCGAAACAUUUGAGAUAAUGAGCCAAAUCAAGAGUGGGAUCCAGUACAUGUUCCAGACUCAAAACAGGACGACUUUUGCUGUCAGUGGCACCGGCCACACAGCAAUGGAGUGUGCCAUCUUCAACACGGUGGAGCCUGGGGAGAACGUGCUGGUGGGGGUCAACGGUAUCUGGGGGGAGCGAGCCGCCGACAUGGCCGAACGGAUUGGUGCAAGAGUGGAGACCAUUGUGGCGCCCCCUGGAGGCUACUUGACCAAUUCAGAGAUUGAGAGGGCUUUAUCCAAACACAGGCCAGUCCUCUUCUUCCUCGCACACGGAGAAUCGUCCACAGGCGUCCUGCAUCCCUUAGACGGCAUCGGUGACAUGUGCCACAAGUAUGGCUGCCUGUUUCUUGUUGACUGUGUGGCUUCGAUAGGAGGAGCCCCCGUCUACAUGGACCAGCAAGGGAUCGAUAUCUUGUAUACCGGCUCCCAAAAGGUUCUGAAUGCCCCCCCUGGGACAGCCCCCAUUUCCUUCAGUGAGAGAGCAUGCCAGAAAGUAUUCAAUCGGAGAACAAAGCCUGUGUCGUUCUUCCUGGAUUUGAGUUGGCUUGCAAACUACUGGGGCUGUGAUGAUAAACCACAGAGGAUAUACCACCAUACGGGGCCCGUUACCGCCUUUUACUCCCUGAGGGAGAGCCUGGCUGUCCUUGCUGAUGAGGGUUUGGAGAAUUCGUGGGAGAGGCAUCAAAAGGUGGCCGAGUAUUUCCACACCGGCCUGGAGAGCUUGGGUCUCAAACUGUUUGUCAAAGAAAAGCGUGCAAGACUGCCCACCGUCACCACAAUCGUCUCUCCUCCUGGAUACGACUGGAAAGAGAUCACCUCCUACAUCAUGAAGAAGCACAACUUAGAGAUUUCUGGAGGGCUGGGACCUUCACUUGGUUUGGUGUUGCGUGUGGGACUGAUGGGAUUCAACAGCAGUAAGGCAAACGUGGAUAUGUUGCUGGAAGUGCUGAGAGAUGCCCUGCAGCACUGCCACCGGAGCAAAGUGUAAAAUAAACCCGUCAAAAAUUAAAAAUAAGCACAAAAAA